AAAAAUCCAAGCUGCAGUGGAGAUGUCCCUGCCCGUUUCCAUCCAGAAAAACCUGUGGCCUUCCGUUCCUCAGGACUUGCAAAUAUCUAGCAGCUUACCAGCAUCUAGCGGUGGCUCGGCCCCAAGGGAGACUGAUGGAUCCAAUCAGAAGCCCGGUCGCUGCAGCUUCAUCCUUUCAUCGGUCAGCGGCGAAGCAUCUCCAGCAAGCCGUCACCUUGGCUCAGAGGAACGGAAUUAGCAGGAGGUCCCUUCUGACGUUGCUGACAUCCACUGCCGCCAUACCCGACGGCAGUGAAUCAAGGAAGGCUCUACUGCAAGAGUAUCUGAAGAAAUCAAAGGACAACAAAGAGAAGAAUGACAAGGAGAGGCUGGAUGACUACUACAAGCGGAAUUACAUGGACUACUUCGGGCUCAUCGAGGGCCCGGCCAGAGAGAAGAAAGAGGAGGAGCGCACGGAGUCGGAGAAACGGAUCCUCGAGUGGCUUGACAAGAACAAGUAGUCAAUGGCCAGGACAAGGGUGCUGAAGUUCUGACAGCCUUCCUCCGGUUCUUGCUAAUUGCUAUAGCUAUGGCGCUUUGUGUAAGAUGCAUACUGGUUGAAGCCAAGCCUUGAAGGCCAAUUUUUUAAUAAAAAAACGACUCGCUAUCCACGAGUACCUGGAAGAUA